CGCUGCCUCCCGCCCCUGCUCAGCCUGUUGGGGCAGAAGCUGGGGGCCGCCGAGGUAGCAGCAGCCGCACGCCGCCGACUGGGGGACCCCGACACACCCACCUUACUGCCUGAGCCCCGCGGACCCCUCGGCGGCCACCCGGCGAGAUGAAGCCCAAACUGAUGUACCAGGAGCUGAAGGUGCCCGCUGAGGAGCCCGCCGGCGAGCUGCCCGUCAAUGAACUUGAGGCAUGGAAGGCUGCAGAGAAGAAAGCCCGCUGGGUCCUGCUUGUCCUCAUCUUGGCCGUGGUGGGCUUCGGAGCCCUGAUGACUCAGCUGUUUCUAUGGGAAUACGGCGACUUGCACCUCUUUGGGCCCAACCAGCGCCCAGCCCCCUGCUAUGACCCCUGCGAAGCUGUGCUGGUGGAGAGCAUUCCUGAGGGCCUUGACUUCCCCAAUGCCUCCACGGGCAACCCCUCCACCAGCCAGGCCUGGCAGGGCCUGCUGGCCAGCGCCCACAGCAGCCUGGACAUCGCCUCCUUCUACUGGACCCUCACCAACAAUGACACCCGCACGCAGGAGCCGUCCGCCCAGCAGGGCGAGGACAUCUUGCGGCAACUGCAAAGCCUGGCACCACGAGGCGUGCAAGUCCGCAUCGCUGUGAGCAAGCCCAGUGGGCCGCAGCCGCAGGCCGACCUGCAGGCCCUGCUACAGAGCGGUGCCCAGGUCCGCAUGGUGGACAUGCAGAAGCUGACCCAUGGCGUCCUGCACACCAAGUUCUGGGUGGUGGACCAGACCCACUUCUACCUGGGCAGUGCCAACAUGGACUGGCGCUCGCUGACCCAGGUGAAGGAGCUGGGCGUGGUCAUGUACAACUGCAGCUGCCUGGCUCGUGACCUCACCAAGAUCUUUGAGGCCUACUGGUUCCUGGGCCAGGCAGGCAGCUCCAUCCCAUCGACCUGGCCCCGGCCCUACGACACUCGCUACAACCAAGAGACCCCGAUGGAGAUCUGCCUCAACGGGACCCCUGCCCUGGCCUACCUGGCAAGCGCGCCCCCGCCGCUGUGUCCGAGUGGCCGCACCCCAGACCUGAAGGCUCUGCUGAACGUGGUGGACAGUGCCCGGAGCUUCAUCUACAUCGCGGUCAUGAACUACCUGCCCACCAUGGAGUUCUCCCACCCACGCAGGUUCUGGCCGGCCAUCGACGACGGGCUGCGGCGGGCCGCCUACGAGCGCAACGUCAAGGUGCGCCUGCUGGUCAGCUGCUGGGGACACUCGGAGCCGGCCAUGCGCGCCUUCCUGCUCUCCCUGGCUGCCCUGCGCGAUAACCACACCCACUCGGACAUCCAGGUGAAACUCUUUGUGGUCCCCGCGGACGAGGCCCAGGCCCGCAUCCCCUAUGCCCGCGUCAACCACAACAAGUACAUGGUGACCGAACGCGCCAGCUACAUCGGAACCUCCAACUGGUCUGGCAGCUACUUCACGGAGACGGCAGGCGCCUCGCUGCUGCUGACGCAGAACGGCCGGGGCGGCCUGCGGAGCCAGCUCGAGGCCGUCUUCCUGCGGGACUGGGAGUCCCCGUACAGCCACGACCUCAGCGCCCCGGCCGACAGCGUGGGCAACGCCUGCCGCCUGCUCUGAGGCCCCGGCCCCUGCGCCCCUGCCCCUGCUUCCGUCUGCCCUGGUGUGGCCCCACAGGCUCUCCCUGCGCUCCUGCCUGGACCUCCGCCCCCGCGGCCCCAGCACCCAGCCGGCUGGGGGAGGGAUCGGCCCCCGAAGCAGUGGGGGGUGCAUGCUGGGCCCGGCUCCCUCCCCACCUCUCCCUCUCAGGACAAAGAGGGCCCGUGAUUAUCUUAAGUAAAUAACUCGUCUGUA